AGAAGAAGAAGAAGAAAGAAACGGUGUCGAAUUUGCUUAGUGUACAAAAUGUACAAUAUAAAAUGGACGUCCAAACGAUCGCCAAGUAUCCAGAGAAAGCCCGCCUUUGAAGCUGUAUCUGGCAGUUUGCUUUAAUAUGGCUUCGCCCGGGUAUUGCAGUUUAUUUCAACGGCACUAUUUUCUUCUUCUUGUCGUUGUGUGCUUCUUAUUGUCACUCAAGCAGACAAGAGCUGGCGAAGAUGUGAUUACAGAGGAAAUGAGAAAGUCCAUGGAAGAAUCCAAAAAAAUAUCCGAUUUUAUAAACCAAGYAAUUAAGAACAAUAGCAGAAAUGUCAGGCCUGAUGCUGGAGGGGAAAGAGUUUUGGUAGAAGUUGAAUUCAAGGUCAUAUCCUUUGGGGAAAUCAAAGAAGCAAAAAUGGAAUAUACGAUGGAUAUCUUCUUCCGUCAGUGGUGGUACGAUCGUAGAUUUGCUAAUAACUUCACAAAACCCUUCACUAUGGCAGCAGAUCCAACAGAGAUGUUCUGGACACCGGAUACUUAUUUCUGGAAUGUGAAGAAUGCAAACUACCAUAGAGUGACCAGAGAGAACAUGAGAGUCAUGAUUCAUCCAAGUGGCAAGAUUUACUUUAGUGCGAGGAUAACACUAACGCUACAGUGUGACAUGGACCUGCGUCUCUAUCCGAUGGAUACACAAUUCUGUCCACUAAGAAUAGAGAGCUAUGCGCAUACAGUUGCUGACGUGGAUUACAAAUGGAAAGGAGGAGACUCACAGGGAAUCGAGAUCGUCUCUAAAGAAAUGGCGCAGUUUGAUCUUCUGGGAAUAACGACAAAGACCAAAAAUUCGAAAAACAGCAAAGGAUCUUUCGCGAGUCUCAAAGCCACUUUUCAAUUCAAAAGACGCUUGGAUUUCUACAUCUCGUCUAUUUACGUGCCAGAAGUGAUUCUUGUUCUUCUGUCUUGGACUACGUUUUACAUAUCUCCAGCUGCUGUUCCUGCCAGAACAGCCUUGUCUAUCACUACUAUACUGACUACCAUACUGUUAUCAAGCUCUGUUAACAAUAAUAUGCCCAAGGUCAGCUACAUGAAGGCUGUCGACCAUUUCAUGCUCAUCUCCUUCGGUUUCAUCUUCACUGCUCUCAUUGAGUAYAUCCUGGUUCUCAACACCAAUUCCACCUUCACCGAAAGUUUCUCGUUUUUGAAUAUCUUUGGAUCAAAGCGUAAUAACACGAAGAACCAUGAAAUGGACGCCAUGGUUGACAUUGGCCCGAAAGACUCUCCCAAGAAGAAACCAUCAAAACCUAAGUCCCACUGGAUCGACUACGUCUCAAGGUUUAUCUUUCCCAUCACGUAUGGCCUCUUCUUUAUAAUAUACUGGGUUCAUUACGAUCACAAAAGGGGGUAACUGGGGCCAGCGGCUUGAAAUAAUGCGGUCAUGUGCUAUGCCUAUUUUUAGACUAGAAAUUUUAAGGUAUAUAUUAGAUACGAAACUAUUUUCGACUCCCUGGAUUCUACAAACAAGUGUCUUAUGACCAAGAGACAGAAUUUUCUUUAAUUUUCUUUGUAUACGAUUUGGAUAAUAUUAAUAAUAAUUUAUAAAAUUUAAUAGAAUUUUGGCAGGAAUUUCGAAUGGCGCGUGCGCAAUUCAAAUUGCCGGACAAAGCUAGUAUUGAAAAUUUGAACUUUCAAGAAAUUCAAUUCCAUUGAAAAUUCCUGCGAAGAAUUCAUUUAUGUAUUAUUUCAAAGUUUUGAAUAAGAAAAGAAAUACGUGGUU